GCUUGUGGAAUUUGGCUGGAGGGUGAUCCGUUUUUAGUAUUUUGAAUUUUAUUGGGAACCCAGAUACAUUUUCAGGAGCCUCCCGAAAAACGGCUAAUAUGAAUAUCUGUUUUCGGCUAGGUAGCUGAAAGAUCUGGGAAGAUCUGGCCAGUUGGCAGCAAUGGGGAACUUUCAAGGCUCCCUUUUCUGUUCCUGGGAUCCUUUCCUUUCCUCCUUUCAAGAGAAUCUGGGUUUGAGCAACAGGGUUAAGGAGAAACCCUUCCUGGGACCAUUUCCUUUCUUCUUUUCAAGGGAGUCUGGGUUUCAGCAACGGGGUUAAAGAAGCAUGCGAGCUGUACUCCCAAAUAGAAGGGAAGAAGCCAUGCCCGGCAGCCACGUGGGCCGUUUUGGGCGAAAAAAACGUGGUGACUGAGUCCUUGUCGUUACAGCCAUCCGAACAAGCUGGAUUGGACAAAGGGAACCAAUCAACUCGAAUCCAUACACGAGCCUAUUGCUGAUCGCUCAAACUUCAAAAUGAAAAAACGGAGUCUAAGUCAAAUUUCCCCAAAUUCCAUCAUGAAAGAUGUGAACCCUGACCUAGACAUAGAAAGACAAAAUCCCUCUUUCGAUGUAGAGCGACUUACCAAUAUACUUGAUGGAGGUGCUGAGAAAACCCAGAUCCGACGGACAGUUGAGACAUGGAUCCAGAAUGACCCAGAACUUAGCAGGGAAAAUCAAUACUUUCAGAGCCAGAAUGAACGAUAUGAAGAGGGCAUCAGGAAGUCAUUGUACCUUGCCAAAAAGAUGGAUGAAAUGGGAUGGGUUGAAGGUGGGCCUCAUCGGGACUACUGUUCUAGAAGUCUUAGUAGUGAUUUGGCAUUUAACGUGCACCAAGUCUUUGUGAAGAGCAUUUUGGGUUUGGGCACGGAUGAACAGAUUGCCAAGUGGGUCCCUUUAGCGCAAAAGUUUUACAUCGCAGGAACCUAUGCCCAAACUGAAUUGGGACAUGGAACGUACCUUCGGGGAUUGGAGACGACCGCCACUUUUGAUGUUGCCACUCAGGAAUUUAUUCUCAACACCCCAACCCUCUCUGCUAUGAAGUGGUGGCCAGGAGACUUGGGAAGAACGGCGACUCACGCUGUGGUUUUUGCUCAGCUUUACCUCAAUGGAAAGUCAUACGGCAUGCAUCCAUUCCUAAUGCAGAUCCGCAGCCUCCGAGAUCAUUCUCCAUUGCCAGGAGUAACGGUCGGGGAUAUCGGUCCGAAAAUGAACUUUGAGAAUGUUGACAAUGGCUUCCUUGUGCUGAAAAAUGUUCGGGUCCCAAGAGAAAACAUGUUGGCCAGAUUCUCCCAGGUCUUGCCAGAUGGUCAGUGUAAGAAACAAGGGACUGACAAGAUUAACUACUUGACUAUGAUAGUAGUUCGUGUAGCCAUGAUUCAGAGGGAAGUUGUUAUAAUUCUGAUGAAGGCAUGCACCAUUGCAAUCCGAUAUUCUGCAGUGCGCCGGCAGUCGGAGUUAAAGCCUGGAGACCCAGAGGCAAAGAUUCUUGACUAUCAAACUCAGCAACAGAAGCUCCUUCCUCAGCUGGCAACUGCCUAUGCCUUUCACUUUGUUAGCAGUUAUCUACAGGAGGUUUUUGAUAAAGCCUACACAGACACUAAAGAAGGAAAGUUUGACCAGCUUCCAGAGCUUCAUGCUCUUGCUUCAGGCAUUAAAGUGAUAGCUACAGAGUACAGCUCGUCUGGUGUGGAGGUGUGUCGAAAGGCUUGCGGAGGACAUGGAUACUCUCUUCUUAGCGGACUCCCUUCCCUGUACACUAGACUGGUUGCCUCGUGCACCUAUGAGGGUGAAAACACUGUUCUCCUCUUGCAGACAGCCAGGUUCCUGAUAAAAUGCUUUGGGAUGGCAAAAGAUGGCCACCCUAUCCCUUCAUCAGUUGCCUACUUAUCCUCCAAAAACUUUGGAAAAUGCCAAGCCUGGAAAAAAGGAGAUUUUCUAAAUCCUGAUGUUUACAUUGACGCUUACCAGCAAAGAGCCUUCAGGAUGUUACAGAAUGCAGCGAUCAAGCUCCAGAGUCUGGUUCAAUUAGGAGUCGCACAACAUGAAGCAUGGAACAGCUGCUCUGUCCAGCUGGCAUGGGCUGCUAUGGCCCACAUUCACUACAUUGUGGUGGAACAAUUCGCCAAAGCCCUGCAGAGAUACGAAAGAGAAGCUGACGUUCAUAGGAUCCUCAAACAUCUCUGUGACCUCUUUGCACUGCAUGGGAUGUAUCUGAAUACGGGAGAUUUUAUGCAGGAUGGUUACCUUUCCACAGAGCAAGUUGCCAUGGUGACUGAAUCGUACUUGGAUCUCCUGCCUGUCAUUCGGAGAGAUGCUGUGCCAUUAGUGGAUGUGUUUGAUUUCACUGACACAAGCUUAAAUUCAGCCCUUGGAAGCUACGAUGGCCGGGUCUAUGAGCGCCUUUACGAGUGGGCCAAGAAGUCCCCAACCAAUAAUCAGGACAAGAGGGUCUUUGAAACCUAUUUGAAGCCACUUUUCAAGAAUGCCCUGUCAAAGUUAUAAAAGAGGAGAAUGAAACAAGGACGCCUCCUUUUCCUGAUGCCCAAUUCCAACUCAUAAAAUUCAAUAGCUGGGUGUUUUGUUAUUGCAUCAAAUGCAAUAGCUGGGUGUACGGCUCCAGCCAUACUGUUAAGGUGUUCUGGCAGAAUCCAGCUAACUUUUGGGUAGGAACCGUUGUAUCUUCAUAUGACUUGAAUAUAAAGGGUUUUUUCCACAGUCCACAGCAAUCGCUGCCAACAGUCUGUGGGCAGCCCAAUCUCGAUUGUAGGGUCUUAUUCACCAGUCUUAGGUCUAGGGCACCACUAAUGUCUCUGUGGCAGAAGUGGGGGCCUGUAGCCCUAUUCCCAUCACCUCCAUGCUGGCUAGGGCUGGUGGGAACUAUAAUAUAGAACUAGGACAAUAAUGUCCCCAUUGCUACCCUUGAAUGAUGACACAACAGGGUAGUGAAGGGUCUGGCCCAAACUCACUUUUAGUCCCAACCAGAAUAAAUCUGUGGAAUUAAUGGGAUUUACUGAGUAUUCCCAUUCAGAAAUAUUGUUAUAAUGGUCUGUUCUCGUAGGGACUAUCAGUUCAGGUGGGGAUCUAGAUUGUGUUGGACUACAGUUCCCAGCAGCCCCAUGCAGCAUGACCAAAUGUUAGGAGUGGCAAUCCAAAAGCAACCCGAAGGACUGCAAGUUUUCCACUUAAUUAUAAAAAUAGAAAUUUAGGCAAUUAAAAAAAUUAAACAAUGCCCCUAUAUGCUGUCUUACAUGCAUUUAGGGCAGAAAAGUGAUAUAUGAAUUUAAUAAAUAAAUUCACUGGGUCACUCUUGAGCUGGUACUACUUCCCAGCCUAACCACCUCACAGCAUUGUUGAUGGGGAAAAGUGCCAUUAUGAUGUGAGAACAGUUUUUAAAUGUAAUAAAUAAUGCUGUGAAUCUGAAUCAGCUAGAAGACUGUCAUGGCUAAAACUAUUUGAAUUUGUCUGGCUGAAAGUAAAGAUUGAGAUGUUUCUUCUUAGUUGCAUUUGUCCUCCGUGAGCUCUCAGUGAGCUCUGUGCAAUUCUAAAAUGGCUUUUAUUGUAAAAGAUAUACUAUCAGUUAAAAUGGAAGCAAUUUAGUCUCUUGGCUUAAAAACUCCCAAAAUGUGGUGGGUACAUACAGGGCAGAGCGAGUUAAUGUAUUUCAAUGUUGAUUAUUGUUUUAAUUUGGUGUCUGGUUCAUUAAAAACUAGAACUGUGCAAAUAAAUACAUAUGCUAUUA